AGUUCAUAACUGACCGUUGCGUUGAACAUUUAAAAAAAUGCGGCACUUAAAGUAUAUUCUUGUGUCUUUGAUAUUAUGUGGUGUUUAUAAUCAAAUAUCGUCCCAAACUAUUACGCCCACCAUAUUAGUUCAUGGUGGUGCCGGAGAUAUAUCCGAUUCUAAGAUACCCAUUGCAAAGCAUGGUGUUAAAUUGGCUGCCCGUAUUGGUUACGAAACUUUGAAAAGCACUGGCAAUGUGGUAGAUGCUGUCCAACAAGCGGUACAGUACUUAGAAUCAGAUCCAAACUUCAAUGCUGGCUAUGGUGGCGUGCUUACUUGGGAGGGUAAUGUAGAAAUGGAUGCUGCCAUUAUGAAUGGUUAUGACUUGAAUGCCGGUUGUGUAUCGGUAGCUAAGGAUAUAAUGCAUCCCAUAUCGUUGGCUCGCAGUAUAAUGGAUAAAACCAGGCAUAAAUAUUUAGCUGGAGAGGGAGCUAUGGCUUAUGCUAAAGCAGAAGGUUUUGAAUUUUUGCCCGAAGGAGCUUUAGUUACAGAAAACGCUAAAAAGGCUUUGGAGAAUUUCAAAAAUAGUUUUAAUAAUGGCAGCCGAUUCAUAGAGGAGGAAAUUUUUGGUUCACCUGGCACCGUAGGUGCAGUUGCUAUUGAUGCUUAUGGUAAUGUGGCGGCUGCUACCUCUACUGGUGGCAUAACUGGUAAAAUGCCGGGACGUAUUGGUGACUCACCAAUUUUGGGCGGUGGUACUUAUGCAGACAAUGCUUCUGGUUGUGUCUCGGCCACUGGUAAUGGUGAAACUAUUAUGCGUUAUAAUGUGGCCUCUAGAAUUUUAGCUUUGACUGAAAUGUUUGGUUUGAGUGCUCAAGAGGCCACUGUUAAGGUACUGGAUGAAAUGACAGAACGUUUUAAACAAACUGCUGGUGUAAUUAGUAUUGAUCCCAAGGGAAAUCUUGGUAUAUAUUUCACUUCUCGACGCAUGUCUUGGGCCUAUCAACGUGGUGGAGAAUUGCAUUUUGGCGUUGACAAGGGCGAGGAUAAUGUUGAAAUUGUGGGAGAACCAAGGUUGAAAAUGGAUUUCUUUUAAAAGAUUAUUAAAAUAAAUUAUUUUUGCAUUAUUUAAAAUUAAA